CUCACACCUCAUCAAGCGCUCUUCCUCUCUUCCCUCCAGAGCCUGCUGACAGGCCUGAUGUACUAUCGACCCGACGACCCCAUCGAAUACUUGGAGGGCUGCCUGAAGAAAGUCAGGGAGCUGGGAGGGCUGGACAAGGUGCGGUGGGACACUUUCGUGGGCCAGGAGAAGAAGUCCCUCCCUCCUCUGAAUGGAGGCCAGUCACGCAGGUCACUCUUCAGAAACGUGAUGCCCGACAGCCCCAACUUUCCCUACAGACGAUACGACCGCCUCCCGCCCAUCAGCCAGUUCUCCAUCGAGAGCGACUCCGACCUGUCGGAGACGGCCGAGCUGAUAGAGGAGUACGAGGUGUUCGAUCCGUCCAGACCGCGGCCAAAAGUCAUCCUCGUCAUCGGUGGCCCUGGCAGCGGCAAAGGGACGCAGAGCCUGAAGAUCGCCGAGCGCUACGGCUUCCAGUACAUGUCUGUGGGCGAGCUGCUGAGGAAGAAGAUGAUCCACAACGCCACCAGCAACAGGAAGUGGAGCCUGAUCGCCAAAAUCAUCACCAACGGCGAGCUGGCACCACAGGAGACCACAAUAACCGAGAUAAAACAAAAGAUUAUGAAGAUCCCAGAUGCCAACGGUAUCGUCAUCGACGGGUUCCCCCGGGACGUCGGACAGGCGUUGUCCUUCGAGGACCAGGUACGUUUUUGUUAUCUUGCUUAUUUCUGCUUUAAGGACACUCUUAUCCAGGGGUCAGUGGCUCAUCUCCAGGUUUUUAUCCUCAAGUACUCAAUGACAUGUGUCCACACGCGUAUCUGCACCCCGGACCUGGUGGUGUUCCUGGCCUGCACGAGCCACCGUUUGAAGGAGAGGCUGCAGAAGAGGGCGGAGCAGCAGGGGCGACCCGACGACAACCCCAAGGCCAUCGACCGCCGUCUGACCAACUUCAAGCAGAACACCAUCCCUCUGGUCAAGUACUUCCAGGAGAGGGGCCUUAUUGUCACGUUGGAUGCUGACAGGGAUGAGGAGGAGGUCUUCUGUGACAUCAGCACGACUCUGGACAACAAGCUGUUUCCCUCCAAAGAGCCUGCAGCUGGUCCAAGUGAGCUGGAUCUCAGCCUACUGGGUGAAACAAGCAGCCUGAUCGACGCAGCCUUCAAGAACUAUGAGGUGCUUUGUUACCUGAGAGCCGGCGUCCUGCCGGGUGUCUGCGGGGCCUUGUGGCUGGCCACCAUUUCCUAA